AUGAAGUCAGAGGAGCUGGGUGAAAGAAUGCAGGAUGGAAAACCAGUGUGCGACUGGCGAGGCUGUGGAUCCAGAAACAUCACAGCGAGUCUGAACUCCUGCAGGUUAUCAGCAGAAUGCUGUCGGCCUUUGACCUCUGCCCUCAGCAGCUCCUCUGAUCUCAAAGAGCUCGACCUGAGCUACAACCACCUGAUGGACCAGGGGGCGGAGCUGCUUUCUGAUUGGCUGAGGAAACCCCAGUGUAGACUGAAGACACUGAGACUGGCUCACUGUCAGUUUACAGAGAGAGGCUGUGCUGCACUGGGUUCCAGUCUGAAGUCAAACCCCGCCCACCUGAGAGUCCUGGAUCUGACAGGAAAUGACCUCACAGACGGUGGUGUCACAAAGCUUUGUGAGUUCUUGGCAGAGCCACGUUGUGGACUGGAGACACUGAGUCUGAACUCCUGCAGGUUAUCAGCAGAAUGCUGUCGGCCUUUGACCUCUGCCCUCAGCAGCUCCUCUGAUCUCAAAGAGCUCGACCUGAGCUGGAACUACCUGAUGGACCAGGGGGCGGAGCUGCUUUCUGAUUGGCUGAGGAAACCCCAGUGUAGACUGAAGACACUGAGACUGACUCACUGUGAGUUUACAGAGAGAGGCUGUGCUGCACUGGGUUCCAGUCUGAAGUCAAACCCCGCCCACCUGAGAGUCCUGGAUCUGACAGGAAAUGACCUCAGAGACGGUGGUGUCACAAAGCUUUGUGAGUUCUUGGCAGAGCCACGUUGUGGACUGGAGACACUGAGUCUGAACUCCUGCAGGUUAUCAGCAGGAUGCUGUCGGCCUUUGACCUCUGCCCUCAGCAGCUCCUCUGAUUUCAAAGAGCUUGACCUGAGGGGCAACUACCUGAUGGACCAGGGGGCGGAGCUGCUUUAUGAUUGGCUGAGGAAACCCCAGUGUAGACUGGAGACACUGAGGUUGUCAUAUUGCACAGAGAGCAGCUGUGAGUAUCUGGCCUCGGCUCUGAAGUCGAACCCUUCACACCUCAGAGUUCUCGAGCUGAGCAGGAGUCAUCCAGGAGAAAGAGGUCUGAAGCUGCUGACUGAUUUACAGAAGAACAAAUCUAACAGACUAGAGACACUGAGAGUGAAUAGACAGAUAAAAGACACUGGGUCAUUUUCUUCCUUCGGUCCAGACCAAAUGAGCUGAGCUACAGGUGUGAAAGUCACCUUACAUGCAUCCUGAUUCUCCUCUCUCAGGAAUCAAUACUGAAAACUUUUCAAUCAGAAGUCAGAGGGUAUCAGGGGACUAGGCAGCUGAGGAGAGAAGCUUGUACAAAAUAAUAUCCUAACAUAGACACUGAACCUUUAGUAGCUCAUGGAGAGGGGCACAACCUGACUGUAAAGCCCUGUUUCCACCGAGCAGCACGGUUCAUAGUUUCUGUUCCCACAGUAAAAGUUGUGGAUGGUCCCAACAGAA